AUAAGAAUAGAAUAGUUUUCUUUUGCCCUUUUUCAUUUCCUUAUUUGCUUUUCAUCAAUUUCGUGGAAGAUUCAUUUCAUGUAGCACUAAAUCAUAAUACAAUUUAGGUAAAGUAGGACCCAACAUGGAAAAAGUUUCCACACGAAUUGACAAUUGAUGGCAUCCAAGAAGCUGAAGUAUUGACCCCCAAGUCAACAUUGUGGAAUUUUAUAUGCCCAUUCUUUCAUGUAAGUUCUAACUUCUAACAGGCAUUAAUUCCUCCUCAAAUUUUAGCUUACCAAGUAAGCAAUGGCGGAAGCAAUUCUCUUCAAUGUUGCUGAAAGUAUUAUCGAGAAGUUGGGAUCCGAAACUCUUGGUAAAGAGAUGGGGUUGCUCUUUGGUGUCAACACCGAGCUUCAGAAACUCAAGCGCACUGUUUCUGCAAUUAAGGCUGUGCUUCUUGAUGCAGAGCAAAAGCAAGCUGAAAACCAUCAGGUCAAGGAUUGGCUUCAAAAGCUUCAAGAUGCUGUUUAUUAUGCUGAUGACUUGGUAGAUGAAUUUUACACUGAAGCUUUGCAGCGCAGAGUGAUGAUUGGGAGUGGAAAAGCGAAGAAGGUACGCAUUUUCUUUUCGAGCUCAAAUCAGCUUGCGUUUAUGCUGAAGAUUGGUCAUAAAAUAAAAGAGGUUAGGGAAACACUCAAUGAAAUUAAAGAUAACAAGGAUUUUUACUUGAUGGAACGCCUCGAGGACACGCGUGUCUCCUCUAUGGCGAGGGAGACUCACUCAUAUGUGCGUGAAGAAGAAGUUAUUGGAAGGGAUGCUGAUAAAUUGGCAAUUAUGAAGCUUUUGUUGGAUUUAGAAUCUAAAGAGGAUGUAUCAGUUAUUCCUAUUGUUGGUAUUGGAGGAUUAGGGAAAACGACACUUGCUCAACACAUCUUCAAUGAUGAAAACAUCCAAAAACAUUUUGAACUGAGAAGUUGGGUUUGCGUCUCAGACUUUUUUGAUCUAAAAUUAAUUGUUGAGAAAAUCAUUAAAUCUGUAACUUUGAAGAGCUCGGGAAAUCUAGAGUUGGAGCAAUUGCAAUUUCACCUUCGAAAAGAAAUUGAUGGAAAGAGAUAUCUUCUUGUACUAGAUGAUGUGUGGAAUGAGGAUGGCGAAAAAUGGCGUAGACUAGAAAGAUUGUUAAUGGGUGGGGCAAAGGGUAGCAGAGUAUUAGUGACAACUCGUAGUUACAUGGUUGCCAAGAUAACACAUACAAUUCAACCAUACAAGUUAAGUGGGUUGGACAAUGUUGACUCUUGGUCCUUAUUUAAGAGAAUAGCCUUUGAUAAAGGACAAGAACCUGAAAACUCAACAGUUUUGGCAAUGGGUAUGGAAAUUGUAGAGAAGUGUAGAGGAGUUCCUCUUGCAAUAAAGACCAUAGGGAGUAUAUUGUACUUCAAAAGGCGAGAAAUAGAGUGGUCCUCUUUUAUGGAAACUGAACUUUCCAAAAUACCUCAAGGAGAAGAUGACAUUUUACCAGCACUGAAGCUGAGUUACAAUCAUCUCCCUUCACAUUUGAAACAUUGCUUUGCUUAUUGUCGGUUGUUUCCCAAAGAUCAUGAAAUUGAUGUGCAAAAGUUAAUAAGGCUUUGGAUUGCUCAAGGGUUCAUUAAGCCUUCAGAUCGAAGCCAAUGUCUAGAAGAUGUUGGUUACGAAUAUUUUAUGGCUUUGCUCUGGAGGUCCUUUUUUCAAGAUCCAAAAAUAGAUGAUUGGGGUAAUGUGAAAAGAUUUAGAAUUCAUGAUCUCAUGCAUGAUCUUGCAGUUCUCGUGGCGGGGACAAGUAGCAUCUCAAUUGAUCGAAGUAUGGAGAAUUCUAAUGAAAAUAUUCGCCAUGUAUCAUUUGAUUCUAAAUUCAACCAGUCAUGGAAACUUCCACCAUCCUUGCUCAAAAAGAACAACAUUGUACGGACUUUUAUUUCACCCAAAUAUAAUGCUUGGCAUGGGUAUCAACACAACUUUCUAGGCACGUCAAGAAAGAAAUUAAGAUGGUUGACUCGUGAUGCAAUCUUGUUUAGCUUCACAUCUCUGCGGACUUUAGAUUUGAAGGCUUUGAACAUCAAGAAAUUGCCAAAUAGUUUGGGUAGAUUGAAACAUCUAAGAUACCUUGAUGUUUCGCGAAAUAAUAUCCAGAUGCUUCCCAAUUCAAUAACAAGACUGCAGAAUUUGCAAACUUUGAUUCUCUCUCAUUGUCGAGAGUUGAUACGAUUGCCUGAAGAUAUGAAGAAACUAGUCAACUUGAGGCAUCUUCAAACACAUGGAUGUCGGAGAUUGAGCUACAUGCCACGUGGAAUCGGUGAAUUGACUGCCCUUCACUCAUUAGACAGAUUUGUGGUGGCUGACACGGGCAAUGUGACAAGACGCACUUCUGGGCUUAGUGAACUUGGCGGCCUUAACAACUUGGGAGCAGAGUUGUCCAUUGAGAACUUGGGGCAUGGGAAAAAUAUUGCAUUGGAAGUGAAAGCUGCAAAUUUUAAGGAUAAACAACACCUUCAAUCCCUUGUUUUAUUUUGGAGAUAUGGAUUCGAUGGUGAUCAGACAAGUGUUGUUGAGAAUGAUGAAAUGUCAUUAGAUGAUCUGCGACCACAUUCAAAAAUGAAAGCUUUGAAGGUGGUGAAUUUCAUGGGUUUGAGAUUUGCAGGUUGGCUUUCUACGCUCAAUAAUCUUGUCAAAUUAGAAUUACUGAGUUGUGAAAAAUGUCAACAUCUCCCACAUCUUCAUGAGUUACCCUUACUCAAGGAGCUCACACUCUAUGCAUUGAUUGCUUUGGAGUACAUAUCAGAUAUGGAGAGCAACAAUCAAUUGUCCACUUCAUUAUCAACUCCAACAACUCCAUUCUUCCCAUCUCUAACAAUCCUUAAGAUCAGAUUUUGCCUUAAUCUGAAGGGAUGGUGGAGGAGGAGUACAAUUGCCGGUGACAACAGUGGAGCCCUCGGAUUGACAACAGCUACAACACCACCAUUACAUCAAAACCAACCUGUAUUCCCCUGUCUUCAUGAUCUAGAGAUAAGAAACUGCCCCCACCUAACUUCCAUGCCUUUGUUUCCGGAUCUAAAAAGCUUGGAGUUGAUGGACACUAGCUUCAGACCGUUACAACAAACGAUGAUGAUGACAGAUGCUAGUAUGAUAGCUUCACCAUCUACAAUCAUGUCUACACCACCAGAUUCCUCCUCAUCUCUCUCCAAAUUGAAGAACCUGUUAAUUUCACAGAUAAAGGAUGUCGAAUCGUUGCCAGAAGGGAUAGGAAACCUCACAUCCCUUCAGUCUCUUGACAUCGUUGAAUGCCCCAAUUUGACAUCAUUGCCAGAGGUGAUUGGCAACCUCUGUUUGCUUCAAUCUCUUAAAGUUUGGGAAUGCCCCAAAUUGGAAUCAUUACCAGAAGGGAUGUGUCUCCUCACCUCUUUGAAGUUGUUGAAAAUUGAUAAAUGCCCUACCUUGUCACAACGAUGCAAGCGGGAAAUUGGUGAGGAUUGGCCCAAGAUUGCCCACAUCCCAAAAAUUGAGACAGAAUGAUUAUGAUCUGAAGCUCCACUUCUACUACAGGGCUUUGGGAUUUUGGCCAUGUGCUCGCCGCGCUUUGAUUACAGCUUACACAGGCCUUCUUGUGCUAUUUCUGCUCGUCGCCAGAUGCCAAUCAGAUUGUUAACCUCAGCCCAAUUUCCUUUUUUUUUUUUAAUUAAAAAAAAAAAGAUUUGUCACUGUGCUGACCAUAUGUAAA